AUGGCAGUGUAUGAAGCAUGGACAAAGGAACAAAGUGAUGCCUUGUUAAAAAUUCUGGUUGAAUCUUCAAUUAGGGGAUGGCGCGAUAAUAGUGGUUUAUUUAGCAAAGCCACAGUAGAGGAAAUGAUAUUGCCUGUUCUGAAUGAAAGACUUAGCUGCAUCGCCGGAUUCAUAAUCAUUGUGCUCAACCAAUUUCAAGAUCAAUUGGUCUUCUACGUCACCCCCACAGAAGCCCUAGACAAGUACACCUCUGACCCCAAGAAAUCCAAGUUCCGUCUCGGCGACCUUGUGCUCGAGAACAGCGUUGCGCAGAUCCCGUCGUCAUCGGAGAUCCAGUUCGUCAUCACCUAUCUGAUCACUGACAUUUUGGUCAAGUACGAGGGCAGCCUACCCGAUCUCUUCUGCGAGGGGAAUCUGGGUGCCAUUUAA